AUGGGGAGUUUUGUGGCUGAGGUGUUUCUGCUCCUGCUGAUUUCUGCAGGACACGUUCAUGGAGUGUCGUUCUAUGGUGAUGGCUACAUUCACCUGAGGACAGUGGAGACAUCCAUUCAGACUUUACUCCAUGUACGAUUUAGAACCUCCAGUCAGGCGGGGAUGCUGUUUUUGGCAGCUGGACCCAGAGACUACUUGCUGCUGGAGCUGGUCUCUGGGCGCCUGCAGGUACGUCUGGACCUGGGCUCAGGUGAGCGUUCACUACACUCAGAAAAGGGCAUCCAUCUUAGUGACCUGGCGUGGCACUCCAUGGAGCUGACCCACAACCACCAUACUGUCAACAUGACCGUGGACCGGAACUCUCAUACCAGCCUCCGUAUGCCAGGACCGGAUCUGGAGCUCAGUGUCGAGGACGGGCUUUUUGUUGGUGGGACAGCCGGACUGAACCAUCCAUACCUUCUCAACAUCUCUACUGGAUUUAGAGGUUGCGUAGAUGAAGUUGUGUUCAAUGAACAUAACCUGUUGUCCAGCCUGAGGCCUUAUUCUGGGUACAAGAGCAUCCACGAGGUAUCUCUGGGCUGCAAUCCGCAGUUUUCUGCAACAGAAGAAGAUCCUGUCAGUUUUUUCAGCUCUAAAGCCUUUAUCGCUCUCCCGCCAUGGGAAGGGCCACAGGAGGGGGUGUUUGAAUGUGAACUGUACCCCUCUGCAAGAGAAGAAGAUGGCAUGGUCCUGUAUAGCUCUGGCAACGACGGAGGGUUUGUUGCUGUAGAGAUAAGAGAGGGUAACAUUUUGGCAACGAUAGGAAAUGGAGAAGGUACUAAGACUGAGCUGCGUUCUCUAACACAUGUUCACAGCAACCACACGUGGUACCCCAUCCAGCUGCACCUGCUGCCCAGCAGCGUCCAGCUGAAGGUGGGGGAGGAGUUGAUCAAGGCCAUGCUGAGUCUGGAGCUCCAGGUCAUCCAGUUCACAGGGCCUCUCUUCCUGGGAGGGCUGGACGAGGAAGCCCGGGGCGAGGCAAGGCGAGCUGGGCUGAUAUCGUCUGUGCCAGGGGGGCAGCCGGCUGGGCGAGGAGGCUCCUUUAAAGGUUGCCUCCGGGAAAUUAAAGUGAACACUCAAAGAACAGGACUACCUCAUGCUGCCGUCACCAAGGACAUCACUGUGGGCUGUAGGACAGGGCAAGAUCCAGAUGAAAUCACCACCACCAACCCAACAGAACGUCCUGAGUCAGAUGUUACGACCACACGACCAUUUACCAACAAUAAGAAGUACCCUAACUUUCUGUUGCUGAGAAAGCUAGACGUUGUGGAGGGAGGUCGGGCACCACUGGAGCCUAAACACUUGAGGGUGAAUCUGGAUUUUCGGAAAUUGGGCAUUCGUCCGUCCCAGAUGAUGUUUCGCAUUGAGGGGCAGCCUGUCCACGGCCAGCUUCGGCUAGACCUCACAGAGGACGUCGACCGAACUUUUAGUAUGCUGGACCUGUGGCUGGGCCAGGUGAUAUACGUUCAUAGUGGGUCAGAAGACGAGCAUGACUUCUUCAUGUUUUCAGUCUUCUGCAGCAGCAAAAAGGAGCUUCCUGCAUUUCUUAGGGGCAACCGCCUGCACCGAUUUGAUAUCAGCAUCAGUCCUGUUAAUGAUGCGCCUGUGCUCAGCCUGCCGGAGGGAAACCUUUUCACCAUGCUGGAGAAUUCAAAACGACAGCUGACAACAGAUGUGCUGAGGGUGUCGGACCCUGACAGCAGUCCUGCAGAGCUGGUGUUCAGCUCCUUGGGAAACCUCAACACUGAGGCUGGACACCUUGAGCACCAGGAUUACCCUGGCAGGGCCAUUAACUUGUUCUCCCUGAAUGAUCUGGAGGAGGAUAAGAUCAGCUUUGUCCACUCUGGGGUCUCCACCUCCCGGCUUGCACUCAGGGUCAGCGAUGGGCUGAAGUUGAGCAACACUGUAGUUUUGAGGAUUAUGGCAGUGCCACUCGAGCACAAACUGGUGAAUAACACUGGACUGGAGGUGAACCAAGGCGGGGCUUCCAUCAUCACAAACGUUCACCUUGCAGUACAAGUUAAUGUGGAUGAUCAGGUGGUGGAAAUCCACUAUGAUGUUACAGAGUUGCCACGAUAUGGUGAGCUCCAGCGGUUGCACUCCAGCGGCGACUGGAAACCAACAACUUCCUUCUCACAGAAGCUUCUAGAAAAAGAACGGAUCCGAUACCUCAGCACUUACCAUGGCCUUCAAACUCAGAACAACGUCACUGAUAACUUCAAAUGUAAAAUCAGCAUCAGUUCACAGGCUACUGAGGAGGUUGAUUUCCACAUUGCGGUACGCUGGAUCCACUUCAAGGUCACACGCAGCAAGAUGGAGGUUAAUGGUGUUCAGACUGCUGCUAUCACUCCAGAGGAACUCCAUGUAAUUUCAAAAGGUAUUAAACUCAACGAGAGCGACCUCUUCUUCAGGCUCCUGACAGUACCAAAGAAAGGGCAGCUGUUCCUCAAUAACAAAGUUCUACAAAAAAACUCAACCUUCAGCCAAAAGAAUAUCACAGGUGGCUUGAUGAAGUACGAGCUUCUCAACAAGCUGAACGACGACACAAGAGACACGUUCAGGUUUCAGGUGUUUUCAGCACAUGCCAGCUCAACAGCUUACGACUUCAGAGUCAACAUCAAAGCUGAGUCGACUGCAAUCAAUGUCGUAAACAAAGGCCUUUCAACGCUGGAAGGAGGAAGUAAAGUCAUAAGCAAAGAUGUUCUGUUCACUCACACAGCAAGUAAUCGGGAGGUCCACUACAGUAUUACAGUGAGCCCCAGGCACGGGCACAUAAGGAGGAUCAACCUCUCCAACUCAACUUCCAUUAACGACAACAUUGUGGCGUUCACAAAUCAGGAUAUCAUUGAGGAGAGGAUCAUGUACGUUCAUGAUGACAGCGAGACCAAACAGGAUUCCUUCACGUUUCAAAUUAUGGUUUACAAACCGCACAAACGCAGUGGCAAGAAGGAGGAUAAAAUCACAGCCGAACACACCUUCAAUAUCUCUGUGCAGCUCGUCAAUGAUCAGAGACCUGUCAGGGUUGUCGAUAAAGUUUUCCACGUGGCCCGUGAUGGGCAGAGGUUGGUGACACUGAAUGACUUGCGUUACCGGGACGAUGACUCAGACUUUGAGGACAGCUGGUUGGUGUACACGCGGAGGGGGAUACCCAUGGGAGAGCUGGUGCUGGCCAGCGAUACCAGUCACAAGCUUUACGAGUUCACACAACGGGACCUCGAGCAGAAAAAAGUGUUGUUUGUCCACAGAGGAGUGAGUUAUGGGCGUUUUGUGCUUUUCGUAUCAGAUGGGAAACAUUAUGUUUCGACCCUGCUGGAGGUGAUGGCCCAGGAUCCUUACCUUCGAGUCGAGAAUAACACCGGCCUCAUGGCCCAGCGAGGAGGGGUCACAACCUUGACCUCGGCUAACCUCAGCAUUUUCAGCAACCUCGACAUCCGAGACCCACAGGAAGUGACAUUCGAGGUCUUCCUUCCACCCAAACACGGUGUGCUCUGCUUUAAUGAUGGAGAUCGCGAGACUGUAACAGAAGCAGAUGCGAUUACAAUAUUCACCCAGCAAGAUUUGUUGGCGGGGCGCCUGGUGUAUCACCACGACGGCAGCAACGAGUUGUCAGAUGGGUUCAAUGUGACUGCAAGAGCGAGGGAGAAGACAACAGAGAGGCACCUGGACAGAGGGAGGAGGGAGGUACAUCUGGACAUCGGAGUGGCGGUAAAAAUCUACCUGGAGAGUCACCAGAGGCCACCAACGGUCAUAAGUAACCGUCCGGUGGUGGUAGAGGAGGGACAGAGUGUCUCCAUAACCAAGGAGCACUUAGAGGUGGUUCAUGAGGACAGCCAGCCCUCAGAGAUAGUUUUUACUGUCCAAAGUCCUCCUGCCCUGGGCGUCCUUCAGCUGCUUCCCCCAGACGACAAGCACCAGGACAAAAAUGGAGAACAGCAGCACGUCUAUCAAAGCACCAGAGAGCAGCCAACAGUUUCCUUCACCCAGGAGGACCUCAACCAGGGACUGAUCAUCUACCAUCAGCAGGCUGCAGGACUCACCAACGACUCUGUUCUGUUGGAGGCAACCAACGGGGUCACAAAGGUCGGACCAAUCAGGCUGGAGUUUGACAUCAUCCCUAUCCUGCUCCCUUUACAGGUGUCUGACUUGACCCUUGAUGAGGGGUCGUCCCUGCCGUUGACCUCUGACAUCAUCAAGGUGGCCAGUCAUCACUUCUCAGGGAUGAACUUCCUGUACCAGGUCAUCGUUCCACCGCGAUACGGACACUUGGAGCACAGCCGGAUCCCAGGGAUGCCCAUCACUGCUUUCACUCACACUGAGGUUUGA